CUGACAAGCAAUAGGUGUAUUGGAAAACAUCUGUAAAUACACAGCUGAUACAACUAAACAUAAACAAACCUAUCUGCUUAAUCUGUUAAUUUCAGGGGUAGGUUACUCUGUUUUGGUUUGUAAUUUAUCGGAUAUUAUUGAGAUAACCUUUGUAAAUACGUGUCUGAGCCUUGUAAAUCGACCGAACGGUUAUCUGCAAGAAGCUUCAUUACCAACAUAAUAGGCUUUGACAGGUCGAUGACCAUACAGGACGCAUGCCAAGCUGCUUAAAGGUCCAAUCCUGUUUGCUCAAUAUGCAUUAAGGGGUGGGUGAACUGGUAUAAAAGCCACCCUGACCUCUCCAGAGCCAUGGGAAACUGUCAUACACCUAAAGCUGUCGGAAAAUGCAUGUGCUCGGAUUACUGUUCGCCUUUUUGUCAACUCUGUGGACUGUAUAUGGGACACACCAAACUGAAGACGGAUACUCACAGUCAUCCUCGCGGACGUCCUUGUCUAAGCGGUCACCUGUAAACCAUUUGCCUCCUUAUAUGAUGCAUCUUUAUAGGAGCUUUAAAUCGACAAGCCCGUCGGGGACUUUCAAAUCUGACCUUAAACCAGCAGCGAAAGUGGCCGAUACCGUCAGAAGUAUAAUUGCGAAAAGUUUUGAGCGAGAGGGUAGCCGCUGGAUAGCAACAUUUGACUUGUCUUCGUUGCCCACUGAUGAGGAGCUCCAAAUUGCAGAGUUUAGAGUUAGGGUACCCAGAUUCACAACUGCUGCAGACUUUACAGUGGAAAUCCACCACCAACACGAACACUCCUGUAAGAAAAAUCACACUUGCCAAAACCAGCAACAAAUUUGUUUCUUCUCUGCCUCUUCAGCAAUUAAUUCAUCCACAAGCUGGAAAGUGUACAAUAUUACGGAUCUAUUUAUAAGUUGGUUUACCCUUGGACACCCGAACACCCCGGAGCAACAGAAUGUAAAAAAAGACAGGUAUGUCCAAAGGAAUUCCCAACAGCCAUCCCAAAAUCGUCCAUUACCAGAAAGUCUUCAGGGUGCCCAUGCUAUAAACGACAGAGUCCUGCUUGUGAUAUUUUCUAAGGUUAAACCAAAAGAAGGUCCGUUGGCUACUUCCAGCCUUCUCCGGACAGCUGAACAGUCCAAAUUCGUGCUUCCCGCAGAAGAUGAGGAAAUCAGACUACCAAAAAGGCACAAACGCAACAGGAAGCAAAGAGACCCUCCUAGGAAAAUACAGGGGAAAACCAUCAGCAAACCAUGUCACAAAGAGGACUUGCAUGUAGAUUUUAAUCAGAUUGGAUGGGGCUCCUGGAUUGUAUUUCCCAAAAAAUACAAUGCUUACCGGUGUGAGGGAGAGUGCCCUUCUCCCGUUGGAGAGGAUUUUAAUCCCACAAAUCACGCAUAUAUGCAGAGUCUGCUCAAACAUUAUCAUCCGGACAAAGUACCUUCUCCAUGCUGUGUUCCUACCAAAAUGAGCCCAUUAAGCAUGCUCUACUAUGAAAAUGGUGAAGUAAUGCUUCGACACCAUGAGGACAUGAUAGUAGAGGAAUGUGGCUGCCACUAAG